GUAAACAGAAAUAACACAUUUCCAUAGUAUCAGUUAAAAAAACUGCGUUUGUAGGUGUUUACAACUAGGCUUUACACAAAGCACACUUCCUGCUUUAAGCACAGCCAAGCCCUCAGCGCUGAACAACCCUACCCACCCAUGCCUAUUCAAGACAAUGCAUGAAAGACAACACACCAGUGCACAUACUAAAGCCAGUGCAUUGUUAGUUUAAGUGCCAUGGUGGUUUAGGAUACCUAAUACAUUCAUCUACAAUGAAUUUGCUGUGCAGGUGGAAGUGCCUCCUUCUUAGCUUGUGGAUACAUAUGGGCUUUAUCCCUGAGAAAAAUUGCAAGGAUGGAACAGUCAGUCAUCUGUCAAGGGAAGAUGUUUUGCUCUUAAAGGAUGAGCCGGAUCCUAAAUGUUUCACCCGCACAGAACAGGAUUUCACCUGCUUCUUUGAGACUGCAGACAACAUAACUUAUGAUAUACUCUACAAGAUUGACAGAGAGAAAAGGUGUGAAAUGUCUGUCCAGAGAACAGAAGUCGGAACUUUACUCCAUAUCUGCUCAUUUCCUGGGUCCGAUGUUCUCUUGUUUGUGGAAACACACCUUAAAUUGGUGGAGCACAACACCAACACCAUCCUCUACAAUCGCACUGUCUCUGUGGAGGACCACUUUCUCCUGGAUUCACCCUUCAAUGUGUCCUUACACCAAAAUGGCCAAGCAGGACAGCUGCAAGUUGCAUGGCAUACAAAGGUCCCGAAAUACUUUGAAGAUGAUGUAAUGUAUAUGAUUCGAUACUCAUCAAAGGGGUUGGCAGAGAAGAUAAAAGAGACAAAGGAGGGCAUCAUACUAGACUCUCUUGUACCAGGGGAGGAGGUUGAGGUCCAGGUUACCAUGAGAUGUGCCUUAAAAUCAAAUGCAGGACACUGGAGCAGCUGGUCACACCCUGUGAGAGCAGUGGUUCCCCAAAGUGCAGAGGAUAUUUCUCUGAUGUGCUACACAUCUGACCUGCAAAAUAUCACCUGUCGUUGGCAAGGGAGCAGAUAUGGUGAAGAGAACGAGUACAAACUUUUAUACAAGAUGGGUCUCAGUGGAGUUUUGGGCUGGACAGAAUGGACAGAGUGUCUCGCUGACAGGGACGUGGCUGAACUGUGCCGUUUCCGUGAAGACGAGUCCAGAAGAGUCCUUGUCAAGCUCAUCGGCACUUCAGUUCCACUCAGCAGAACCUUCUACACUCAAGAGUUCACUCUCAGCAAGAUCAUCAAAACAUCCCCACCAUGUCAUCUGAAAGGAACAAUGAAAAAAGACAAGUUGUGCUUGAAAUGGGAAGCUCCUCUUCUGUGUCUGUCUGCUCACCUGCAGUAUGAAGUCAGCUACCAGAUCAGAGGGGGUGACGCAUGGAUUAUGGAAUCCCUAAAGGGCCCUGAGACGGGGACAUGUCUAGAGGUUCCAACAGGUGGCCGUUACAGUAUUAAGAUCAGAGCUAAACCAAAUGGGACCAUUUACUCAGGACUCUGGAGUGACUGGUCAAAUGUGCUUACUGGUGACACCCCUGCUGAUAUAGGCACAUUGCUCCUGCUGUGUAUGCCUGUCUUGUUGCUGAUAAUUGCCAUCAUCCUCUUCUCCUUGUUUUCCACGUACCUGAGUAAACUCAAGCAGAUUUUUUGGCCGCCGGUGCCCAACCUCAACAAAGUCCUACAAGGUUUUCUGACAGAGAUCAAUGGGCCGCAAUGGAAUCCUCCGAUAACAGCAAAGCAGUACUCUGACGAAACCACUUCAUCUGUGGUAGAGAUAAUGUCUGAAGAUGAGGUUUCCCGACUGGGGAAACCAUCAGGGGGAUCCACCAAGCUCCUGUCAUUGGAAAGACAGUUCUGCAGUGGAGAACGGGUAGAUGGAAGCUUUCCGGACUAUGUGACUCUGAACAAAGACAGUGUCAUUCUUUGCCCAAAAGGAAACAAGUAUGUCUACAAGGAGUUUGGAGAGAAAGAAGGCCCGGAGAUGAGUGAUGAGCUCUUCCAAACAGAUCUUGGUUCCUGCAUUGAUGGCUUAGUCUGUAUCUCACCCUGCUCUGGCAGUGACCUUCUUAACCAUUCCUACUUGCCUCUGGCUGAGCCUGUAGAAAGAGUCGACUGCAUGGUCCCUGUUGCAAGGGGGCCAGGCAACCUCUAUACUAAUUUCCCCUGUAGUUAAAAUGUAAUGAAUUACAAUUGUACUUUACUUCACUGGUGCAGAAGUUUAAACAAAGGUGUGUUACCAUGUACAAUAUAGUAUAAUGGGGAUUAGUUUUAAUCAUGGCAUACUCUCUCCCAUCAUUUCAGUCUCUCUGAAAGGCGGACAAAUCAACAUUUUAGAACAAGAAUAUAACAUUUCUAUGAGUGUUCAAGCUUUUGGUUGAAGUGCUGUUCAAGAUAAUUCAGCAUAUUAUAUUGUAAUAUGACUUUUAUAUUGGUAAUUGUAUAUACAGUUCUCUGCAUCAGUGUAUCUACACUGCUCUCUUUUUAGAUCCACAAGAGGGAACAGUAGAUGACGAAAUAUUUUGUGAGAUUACCAGAAAAUACCCCAAGCAGCGGCUUUGGUGGUCAAGAAGACCGUAUCUUGUAAGACCUGUUAACAAUAAAUACCAGCUGGUAGCCUGCUGUUAGCUUAGAGUACC